UGUCCCUCCCCCCUCACCCGGACAUGACACAGCCACUCAGACCUGCGAACUGAGCCGAUUUAAUCCGAUCCUCGCCGAGCUUAUCCGAUCGGCGGUGGGCGGAAUCCUCCGCGCGGAAGCUGCGAGCUCGCUAUAGGAUUGGGGCGCUGUAAAUUACGUAUCCCUGAAACGGCAGCCUUAACAUGCCGAACUUUCUUCAAGAUAUUCAGAGGAACAUACCUGAGAAAAAGGCCUCAGACCUAACCGAGAACCAUCUGAAGAAAUGGGGAUUGACAGGGAUCCACCUGAGAGCCUACCAGCUAGACGGGGUACGGUGGCUCACGCAGUGCCUGAAGAGCCAGACCGGCUGCAUCCUCGGGGAUGAGAUGGGCCUCGGCAAGACCUGUCAGACUAUUGCCCUGUUGCUGUACAUGAAAGGGAACCUGGGGCACAAGGGACCCUUUCUUGUGCUGAGUCCUCUCUCCGUCAAGGAGAACUGGAGGGAGGAGAUGGAGCGGUUUUCUCCUGGUUUAGUGGUGGUGUGUUACACUGGGGACAAGGAGGCCAGGGCAGAGCUGAGGCGGGAGCUAAUCCAAGGCAGGAGCUUCCAUGUGCUGCUCACCUCGUAUGAGCUGUGCUUAAAAGAUUCAUCGUUCUUGGAAAGGUGGCAGUGGAAAGUCCUGGUGGUGGAUGAGGCUCACAGGCUGAAGAACCAGAAUUCCCUGCUGCACAGAACUCUGACACAGUUCUCCAUUGGAUUCAAGGUGCUCCUGACAGGGACACCCAUCCAGAAUAAUCUUGCAGAGGUCUACUCCCUGCUCAGCUUCAUUCAGCCCAGCAUUUUUCCCGAGAAUGACACUGAUGAUUUUAUCAGCUCCUAUGCACAGGUGGAGGCUGAUCCCAAACUAGCCAGCGAGCUACACCGCAUCCUCCAGCCCUUCCUCCUCCGCAGGGUCAAGGCAGAGGUAGCCACCGAGCUUCCCAAGAAGACAGAGUUGGUGGUCUAUCACGGCAUGUCUGCCCUGCAGAAGAAAUACUACAGAGCCAUCCUCAUGAGGGACCUGGAUGCAUUUGAGGAUGAGCAGGGCAACAAGACUAGGUUACAGAACAUACUGAUGCAUCUGCGAAAGUGUGUCAGUCACCCUUACCUGUUUGACGGUGUGGAGCCUGAACCGUUCGAAAUGGGGGAACAUUUGGUAGAGGCCAGCGGGAAGCUUCACCUCCUGGACAGAAUGCUGGAGUCCCUGCACCAGGGGGGCCACCGUGUGUUGCUGUUCUCUCAGUUUACAAGGCUGCUGGACAUACUGCAGGAUUACAUGGAGUACAGAGAUUAUAGUUAUGAGCGCCUAGAUGGGUCUGUCCGUGGGGAGGAGAGGAACUUGGCUAUCAAGAACUUCAGCAACAGGAAUGUUUUCGUCUUCCUGCUCAGCACCAAAGCAGGGGGUGUUGGUAUGAACCUGACGGCCGCUGACACCGUGAUCUUCAUGGACAGCGACUUCAACCCACAGAACGACCUGCAGGCUGCCGCCCGAGCCCACAGGAUCGGCCAGACAAGGGCUGUGAAAGUGAUCCGGCUGCUGGCCAGAAAUACGGUGGAGGAGAUGGUGUACACGAGAGCGGUGUCCAAACUGCGUCUCACUGACACGGUCAUCGAGGAAGGCCGUUUCUCCCGUCUUAGCCAGGCCCAGUCUGCAGAUACCGGCCUCCAGGUGGGAAUACUGGCCCCGACUAGAACCUUUGGUUCCCUUUCCUUUGCCCUCCUUCUCACCCCACUAAAGGCCUACUGUGUGUCCCAGUUAAGUGAGAUUCUCAAAUUUGGGGUGGACAAGCUGCUGGCGUCAGAGGAGAGCUCAGUGCAAAAUGUGGACCUGGGACUCAUCCUGGGACGGACCGAGAACGGGCAGUGGGUCGAUGAUGAGGAGCCUAUGGAGACACGCGAGGAAGAGGAGGGGUCGGUCUCUGAAAGCCAAGUUCCAGAACACAUGUACGUCUACGAGGGAAGGGACUACUCCCGGGUCCCCAGCUCCGAGGACCAGAAGAGCUUCCAGUGCCUUCUGGACGAGCGGCUGGCAGUGGCGGAGAAGGAGGGGCGAGCUCUGCGCUGCAAGCCUGGGGUCUCCCUUUCUGGGCCCCUGAUGACUGCGAGUCGCAGGAAGAGGCCGCUGAGUGAGGUGGAGUUGGAGCUGAGGCGGCAAAAGCGGCAAGAGGCGGCUGGCAAGAAGGCCAAGCUGCGGGAGGACAGGAAGCGACUGCGGGAGGAGCAGCAGCGCAGGAGGAAGAUGGAGUGGUGGGAUUCGUGUGGCUACCGUUCCCUGUGCCUGCCUUCUGAUGACAGUGAAGAAGAUCAGGAUGAGGAGGAAGAUGUCGCCAGCAUUUUCUCUGUGGAUUCAGACCGGACUGACAUCCAUUACGUUCUAGGAGAUGUCACUCACCCCCACGCUGCCCAGCAGGACGCCAUAAUCGUGCACUGUGUUGAUGACUCUGGGCACUGGGGGCGUGGUGGGCUUUUCACGGCGCUGGAGGUCCGGUCGGAUCAGCCCCGAAAGCAGUACGAGCUGGCUGGAGAAAUGAAAGACCUGGAGCUGGGCCACGUACUGCUGUUCCCUAUUGAUGACAAGGAGUCCAGGAUGGAUGGGCAAGACCAAUUGGCACUCGUCAUAGCUCAGCAGAGAGACCGGUCCAACAACUUGUCAGGCAUCAGGCUCUCUGCCCUGGGGGACAGCUUGAAGAAGAUAUACAAGGUGGCCAAGCGGAACAAAGCUAGUGUCCACCUCCCCAGGAUUGGUCAUUCCACAAAAGGCUUCAACUGGUACGGCACGGAGAGGCUGAUCCGGAAGCACCUGGCCUCUAGGGGCGUCCCUACAUACAUAUACUACUACUCCCGAGUGUCCAAGCAGGUGCCCUCCACAUCACAUGUGCCCCCGUCACCUGCAACCCUGCCCUCCCCGAAUAGCCCACAUGGCGCAGAUGCUGCCAAGCACGACCAGGGUCCGAGCCCCCCCGCCCUAGCAGACUUCAUGCAUGGCAUCCAUGUCUUCUUUUACAAUAUCGCUGCCUCCUACAGGAAGAGCCUGGUACGACACCUCAUCGCAUGCGAUGGGGAUGUGCACGAGAUGAUGAGUUCGGAAGUCACGCACAUCGUGGCUGAGGUGGAGGGUCCUGUCCACAAACAGGAACUGCUGGACUUCCUGGACCAGCAUCCUCAAGCACUUCCUGUGCAGAUGACAUGGCUGGAGACCUGCUUCUCUGAGCAGAAGAGAGUCAGUGAGACUCACUUCCUCCUGGAGCUUUACUGACCUCUGACCACAGUGUAGGUUCUGCAGCGAUCUGGCACCCCUCACGUCCUCAGCUGACUGAAGCGUGAACGUCUCAGCAUGCGAGACUGGAGGACUGGGGAUGUUGAAUGGAAACAGCCUUGGAUAGCGGCCUCCACACACAAAAUAUACAUGGAUAUGCAUCCCCAAUUUUCUAUAUUUUAUAAGGAUGCUCAAACAGAAACAAGAUUUGACCAGAUGCUUAGUGGGAAUUAAUCCUUUUGGUCGAAUAAUGUAUAGCAUUGCCUGAGUUUGCUAGAUAAGCAGUCAUGGGAUAUUAAUCAUUGGCCUGUGACGACUGGAAUCUGCUCAUAUUCACAGCCAGGUAGUCUGACUGGGGGGGGACAGCCUGUUUACUCAUCCUGCAGACACCAGACAGUAACUGCACUUUGCUGUACUGCCCUCCUCUUAGGGAACAGCCUUUGUGAUUUAGUAAAAGAUUCUCAUCUAACGAAGCAUUUUGUUUGGACUUGAGAACUUUCAAAUGCUUCCUGCUUGCUAUCCACAGAGUAUUGAAAUAAAGACGAAAGUAUGGGUCAGUUUGUGGAAAUUGCCACAUAAA